AUGCCUACAACAACAACAGCAACACCAUCAUUGUCAAAUGAAACAAUUUCUAUGAUCGCCAAGCAACAUCUACAGUCCGCUACUGAACGUAUCGAUGAGAAUAAAGAGAAUAUCACUCUCAUCUGGUUCGAUCCAGAUAUUGAAUCACAUAUAGAUACCGAGACUACAAUAGAACGAUUACGUGAAAUCAACGAUUAUGUUCUAUUUUACACCGAACUCAAUCAAUGUCGUACGCGUAUUCAAUCAAUUCAUAAUGAAAAAAUCUUUUUAAUCAUAUCGGAUACACAAGCUUCUAAACUUUUACCAUCAAUUAUGAAUCUUCCUCAAAUCGAUUCUAUUUUCAUAUUUUGUACGGAUAAAACUGAAGAUAAAAAUUUUACGAAUGAAUAUGUUAAAAUAGUUGGUGUUUAUGAAGAUCUAGAUUCUUUAUAUUUAUCACUAGAAGAACAAGUUAAAUUUGUUGAAAAACAAUUGGAAACAUUUCAUAUAUUUGAUCAAUUUCAAAAAUCAAUUGGAAAUUUACCAAAACAAUCAGCUGAAUUUUUUUGGUUUCAAAUUUUGAAAAAUACUAUUGAUCGUUUUCCACAAAAUUUAAAUUCUAAGACACAAGCACUUGACAUAUGUCGUAGUUAUUAUCGAGGAAAUUCUAAACAACUUAAAGAAAUCGAUGAUUUUGAAAAUAAUUAUCAAUCAAAUUCAGCUAUUCAAUGGUAUGCAAAUAAAUCUUUUGUUUAUAAAUUAAUUAGUAAAGCUUUAAGAAGUGAAGAUAUUAAUCAAUUAUAUAAUUUCCGAUUUUUUCUUCGUGAUCUUACCAAGAAUCUUGCUCGUGAACAUCACAAAUUGUUUGAAUCACCUGAAAAAACAUUGACCGUAUAUCGAGGAAUGAGAUUAUCCUCUGAAGAACUCAAUAAAUUUAAAGAAAAUCAAGGAAAAAUUAUUUCAACCGAUGGUUAUUUAUGUACUACUCGACGUCGGGAUAAAGCACUUGCUUCUGCUACGAAACCUACAGAAUAUUCUAAUAUUUUACCUGUUGUAUUCGAAAUUCAAUGUGAUAUACAACAAUUAGGUAAUAAGAUUAUUUUUGCUGAUAUUGCUGAGUUCAGUGAACAUUCGAGUGAUCGAGAAGUAUUAUUUGAUUUGGAUAGUGGUUUUCGAUUGGAAAAUGUCGAACAGGAUGAUGAUCAAGUAUGGAUUAUUAAAAUGAAUGUUACAACUGAUGCACAAACAAGUACUCAUGAUUAUAUCGAAGACACAGGUCGUGAAACUGAUAAGAAAAGUAAAGGUAUUAUAUUUGGUCAAUUAAUGUGUCAGGCUGAUCAUUAUGAUAAAUCUCAACGAUAUUUUGAACAACUAUUAGUAUAUCCAAAUGAUGAAGAUAUUGCUUGGCUUGAAUUUAAUCUUGGUUAUGUUGCUCAAUAUAAAGGUGAUUUAAAGCGAGCAAGAGAUUUAUAUGAUCAAGCUUAUGAUCGAAUGAUGCAUGCUAAUCCACCGAGAAUUCAAGAUUCUGCUUAUGCAUUAAGUAGCAUUGGUACUGUUCUUGAAACACAAGGAAAAUAUGAUGAAUCCCGUCAAUUUUAUGAACGAGCUUUAAAAAUACGUGAAACAUUUUAUCCUGCCGAUCAUCCAGAUAUUGCUUUAAGUCUUAGAAAUAUUGGUAGUCUCCUUUACAAACGUCAGAAAUAUCCUGAAGCUUUAGUUUUUCUUCAACAAGCAUUGAAGAUACAAGAGAAAUAUUAUCCUGCUAUUCAUCCAGAGAUUGCUUACAGUCUAAAUCUUGUUGGUAAAGUUCUUCUUAAACAAGGAAAGAAUAGUGACUCAUUGAAAUUAUCUCAACAAGCACUUAAAAUACAAGACAAAUAUUAUCCUGAUGAUCAUCGUGAUAAAAUUGAAUGUCUUAAUAAUAUUGCAGCAAGUUACGUGAAACUUAAAGUACCAAGAAUGGCACUUGUUAAUUACAAACGAGCAUUAGCAAUUCAAGAGAAAAAUCUACCCGUUGGACAUCCUGAUCGAGCUUCGAAAUGUGGUUAUGUUGUUCUUAUCUUACUCAUCUAUUGGAUUUCAGAAGCUAUUCCCGUACCUGUAACAUCAUUAUUACCUCUUAUCUUGUUUCCAUUAACAGGCAUACUCAAAGCUAGCGAUGUCGCUUCAAAUUAUUUCAAAGAUACUGCAUCGUUGUUCUUCGGAAGUGUCACAUUAGCUUAUGCAAUUCAACGAGUUAAUUUACACCGACGUGCUGCUCUAUUUAUUUUAACAGUAGUCGGAUCAUCCACCAAAUGGAUAAUGGCUGGAUUGAUGACAACGACAUGUUUGAUAUCAAUGUGGAUCAAUAAUGCUGCUAGCACGUCAAUAAUGUUGCCAGUAGCAUUGGCAAUUGCAGAUGAAUAUGAGCAACAUACAAAUAGUCUAGCCAACAUAAACGAACAUUCAAUUGUUACUAUAAAUUGUUUGACUCCAACAAAUAUAAAAGAUGAAUCAACUGAACAAGAACAAAAAGUGUCUUCAAAUGAUAUUAUCAAACUUAGAAAAGGCCUUAUUUUAUGUGUUACAUACAGUUCAGUUUAUGGUGGACUUUCUACUAUCGUCGGAUCUGCCGCUACAGUUUUUCUUAAAGGCUAUGUUGAUGAAUGGAAAGAAGGAGUUGUUGCCAUACUUUUUUUAUCCGCUAUCUUACUGUGGAUUACACGUGAUCUAGCUGGAAAUGGUAGUGGAUGGGGUAGUCUCAUGUCACGCAAUGCUGUAUCAAAUGGUACUGUAGCUCUAUUGAUGGCCGUUCUUACUAUGAUCUUACCAAAUGAGAAGCCACGUUUAAACGAUUGGAAGUAUAAUCCAAUUAUUCCUUGGAUGGAUUUAUCAAAGAAUUAUCCAUGGGGAACGUUGUUAAUGCUUGGUGCAGGUCUUUCAAUUGCACAAGCAUUUCAGGUAUAUUAA